GCACUGCUGACAAUCCGCGGAUUGUACGACAUCUUUUGACACCCGUAGAUCGGAUGAGAAAAUUCUGAUCCGUUUUCGCACCGAACGAUCGAAAAAGGAUAACUUUAUCCGCCGCCCUAUCCUGUUGAAAUCGCCUCAAGUGCAGGAACCAUGUUCAAGUCCGUCGUGCCCGUGUUGUCGCAGGUGCCAGCUGAGCUAUGUCUCGGCCAGCAAAACCGUGGCAUGGCCACACUAAAGGCCAUUUCGAUCCGAUUGAAGUCGGUUAAGAACAUCCAAAAGAUCACCCAAUCCAUGAAGAUGGUGUCUGCCGCCAAGUAUGCCCGUGCUGAGCGUGAUCUGAAGCAAGCGAGACCGUACGGUGUCGGUGCCCAGCAGUUCUACGAGAAGGCUGAAGUUGCGCCGAAGGAGGAAGAUGCCAAGAAGCUGUACCUUGCCAUCACUUCGGAUCGUGGUCUGUGCGGUGCGGUGCAUACCGGCGUCGCCCGUUUCAUUCGCGGUGAAUUGGCCAAGGAUCCGAACAUUAAGGUGAUCUGCGUCGGUGACAAGUCGCGCGCUAUCCUGUCGCGUCUGUACGGCAAGAACAUUGAGAUGGUCGCUAACGAGAUUGGUCGCCUGCCACCGACCUUCCUGGAUGCUGCCAAGCUGUGCAAUGCCGUCCUGAACCUCGGUUACGAGUACACCGAUGGCAAGAUUAUCUACAACAAGUUCAAGUCGGUCGUAUCGUACCAGGUGGCGGACAUUCCGAUUUUCUCCCUCAAGUCGGUAGAAUCGGCCGAAAAGCUGCCGGUGUACGAUUCGUUGGAUUCGGAAGUGAUUCAGAGCUAUCUGGAGUUCUCGUUGGCUUCGCUGUUGUUCUACACGAUGAAGGAAGGCGCCUGUUCCGAACAGUCAUCGCGUAUGACGGCCAUGGACAACGCAUCGAAGAACGCCGGCGAGAUGAUUGACAAGCUGACGCUGACUUUCAACCGUACCAGACAGGCGGUGAUUACCCGUGAGCUGAUUGAAAUUAUUUCCGGUGCUUCAGCUCUGGAGAGCAAGGAUUAAAUGCCUGCAACUGGGCACGAAUUGUUUAUUGCGUGCUGGCCGGUUACUACUAGCGUACCGAUUCCCCUUUUAACGGCUGUACCGGCAGAUCGUCUUGUUCGAGCAAACAUCAAGAAAGAAUUUUCGUGCGAAGCGACGAUUUACGUUUGUGGUGCUUUCGGAAAACAUUAUCUCUACACGAAUGCAAGCAGAAAAGAAAUAGUACUAUAAAAGUAAACAAAAUCCUGAAAAAACUCUGUUCUGUUUAUCUGGUGAUGUGCAUUCGAAAAUAAGAAAUACUCUUGCCAUACUGUUAAA